AAAGAUCAUGAUGAGGAUGAAGAUGAGGAUUGUGGGGUUAAAGAUUUAGGGAUGAAUGAGAAACCUGCAUUGAGGUUUAGGAAAGUGAAAUGGAAGAAACCUUUGGCUGAAGAUGUUGAGAUUGUUGGAAAGUUAAUGGAGGUACCUAAAAAAGGAAUCUUAGUUAAGAAAAAUGAAAUGAAAUUAGAUUCAGAUGGGAAUUUAAUAGGUGAAUCCAAGAUGAAAAUCUUACCUGAAUUUGUAAUUGUAAAAAGAAAAGUUUGGUCAAGAUGAAAUCAAUCUUAAGGAUUGAAAAUGAUGAUUGGUUCUUUUUUGGUUUUUUUUUUCAUAUUUUGGGGUUUUCUUUUCUCGUUUUUUUUUCUUGUAUUAUCAUUGUGUUUUUUUGUGUUUUCUGUAGAAGGAAAGUAGUGGUUUUGGUCUUGGUGGUGGUAGAAAUGUAUUGGGUACUUAUUGUAUACUUUAGUAUCUCUUUGGUUGAUCUUCUUUUUGUGUGUGUGGGUGUGUAUGAAAAGAUUGGAGUUGGAUAUCUACAUUGAUCAAUGGGUUCAUGGUUAUUCUUUUUUUUUCAAGUUUGUCUUUCUUACUUGGAUAUUUUUGGUUUUCUGUUUUUCUUUGUUUUCUUUUUCUUUUUCUUUUCUUUGGUUUUCUUUGGAGUUAUAUACAUGUGAUCAAGAGGAUUCUUGUUAUAAAGUUUGUUGUUUUGAAAGAUUCUUUUGCAAAAUGAUACUGAU